AUGGAGUUGACAUUCGAGCCAUUGAAGAACGAUCUGCUCCUUCGGGCAGCAAGAGGCGAGACGGUCGAGCGCCCACCAUGCUGGAUCAUGCGGCAAGGUAACGAUGCCCUUCCCUCUUCGUCCAAAGAUCAGGACAUGAACACACAAGAACAGCCUCCUGACAUAUUGCGUCGCCAUCGCGCAACAGCCGGCCGCUACCUCCCCGAAUACCAUGAGGCCAAGGGCAACCGCGACUUCUUCGCCUGUUGCCGUGACCCCGAGGUCGCCAGCACCCUGACCCUGCAGCCGAUCGAGCGCUUCGCUGGCCUCCUCGAUGCCGCCAUCAUCUUCUCCGACAUCUUGGUCGUUCCCCAGGCCCUCGGCAUGACGGUCGAGAUGCGCCCCGAUGAUGGGCAGUACGAAAAGGUCUUGGCCAAGUCUGUCGACGUCGCCGCCGAGCUCGACUACGUCUACAAGGCCAUCACCCUUACCCGCAAGAAGCUCGCCGGCCGCGUGCCCCUCAUCGGCUUCUGCGGCGCCCCCUGGACCCUCUUCUGCUAUAUGGUCGAGGGCGGCGGCACCAAGCUCUUCAUGCAGAGCAAGAGGUGGAUCUACCGCCACCCCGAGGAGUCCAAGAAGCUUUUGCAAAAGAUCGCAGAGGUCUGCGUUGAGUACCUCGCCCUGCAGGUCAAGGCCGGUGCCCAGCUCGUCAUGGUCUUCGACUCGUGGGCCGGCGAGCUUGGCCCCGAAGCCUUCAAGGAGUUCAGCGAGCCCUACCUGGCGUACAUUUCGGCCAACCUGCCCAAGAAGCUUGCCGAGAUGAACCUCGAGCGCGUACCCAUGACGGUGUUCCCCAAGGGCGCCUGGCACGCCCUGGACUCUGUCAUCGACAUUGGCUACGACGUCGUUGGUCUCGACUGGCUUCAGGACCCCGCCGAUGCCGUUAAGAUUCGCGGCGACAGGCGCAUUACCUUCCAGGGCAAUGCCGACCCGGGCGUUCUGUACGGCACACACGAGGCCAUGACUAAGGCUGUUGAGGUGAUGGUCAAGGGUUUCGGCGGUGGCAAGAAGGGCUGGAUUGCCAACCUCGGUCACGGCAUCACCCCCGGUGUCAACCCCGAGGACCUCAGGUUUUACCUGUCGGAGAUUCACCGCUUGGCGGGCAACUAA